CAAGCCUGAGAUGGCCAUCGCACUUACUCAAUUUGAAGGCCUCUGUGGCUUCAGACCCGUGGAAGAGAUCAUUGGCUUUCUCAAAUCUAUCCCAGAGUUUCACACCCUUGUCGGAAAGGAGGCGGCGGAGGAACGGCAGAGCAGUAUCGGGGAGGAUCUCCGCAUCUCGCUGGCCCUCAAGAAGUGCUUCGCCUGCAUGAUGAACUGUGAGAAAAAGGUGUUUGUGGACCAACUCGACAUGCUGGUGAAAAGAGUCACUGAGGAUGAGCUCCAGGACCAGCUUGCUUAGGGGACUCUUCUCUGGGAUGAUGGAAGGUUUCUACUUUCUCAAGUGACCACUCUAACAAUGGAAAUACAUGCCCUCAAAGAUGGAAGGCAUGCGGGAGGAAGCGAUAAUCAGGUGGGACCAUUCUAGCCAAUGAAUGGAAGAUAUAAGUGUGUGAACAACAGACCAUAGAGAUAGAGGACUCCCUUUUGUAUCUGUGCCAUUAUAUUGUCUGUGACAGCAUGGGAAGCGCCAUUGAGGCUAUCUCCAUUUUAAAGUUGUACAUUUUCUUCUUCAUUGGCUUAUUGCUCCCAAGUCAUAGGAUUCUACACCAGUUGACUACUUUAACAUGGUGUAGUCCCUCAAUGGCAAUGUCCAUGCUAAAACAGGUUAUAUCCAGGCACAACUACGGUAUAUAUAUUUUCAAUUAUUUUUAUUUAACCUUUAUUUAACAAUAUAAGUUGGUGUUUUUAUCAAAGUUGCCGAAAUGCCACUUACACCCACUUAUAUCAGUGCAUUCAUAACAACCUAACCAUUACGAAAUUACUUUUUAAAUAAAAAAAAUAAUUCCCCCAAACCAGUUACACAUACGAACAACAAUUUACAGACAGACUUACAAAUAAUGACUCCAUCUCAUCUGCCCAGACUCGCAUGCUCACACCUCCAUCCCCAGUGUCUGGCCACACCCCCAUCCCCAGUGUCUGGCCACACUCCCAUCCACAGUGCCUGGCCACACCUCCAUCCACAGUGUCUGGCCACACCCCCAUCCACAGUGCCUGGCCAC